AAUUGGGAAAAUAAUUUAUCAUUUCCAUCAGUAAUAAACCUGUCCCUUUCCAAACCAAUGACCAACUUUAGAAUUUCCUCUGGUGUCCAAGGUGUCAUGAGACUACUACCACCAUCAUCCUCUAUCUGCCCGCUCCUAUAUUACAGAGGGAGCCCUACUACAGAUCUCUGCGGGUUUGUUACCGGCCUAUGAAUCAAUCUAUAAAAGUAAAAUAUGGCAGACUACAAGCAAAUAUCUUCUACACCAGAGCCGUCAAUAACGUGAUACCUUCACUAGAGGCUAAAUCUCGGCUAAAGAUUUUAUGACUGACAGGGCAGGCAUCCAAUCAGGGCUCUCCAUACCAUAAACAACCGUCUGUCAAUUUGCUCUUUCGCCCAAUCACGCGGCUUCGGGGAGAAGGCGGGCCCUUGGGGGUUUUCUAACGCCGUAGCCCUUUAAAAGCACUGGCAAGCCCCGCCCUAUGAUAGCUGAGCGGCUAUUGGUUCGCGGAUUGAGUGACGGGAGAACGAACCAAUCGCUGCUCAGUAUCCAUGCUGCUGCGUGCCCAAUGUGGAAAGCGGCAGCAGUGGCGGCGGUGGAGCGGGCUCUGGCUUGCAGGGAGGGUUUUCGCACGGAGGCUUGUGCUGGAGUCCAGGGCCGGGGGGAGGUUGCAUCUUUCUGUCUGCAUACCAAUUAUUCCUGGCCUGGAGAACGAGGGCUGUGAUGGUGGGCAUCUUGGCAUGGGUGAUCCGCGCUAACGAUCAGGGCUGAGAGAUUAAAUGCCCUAGUGGGCAGGAGGAGUCUAGCUCUGCACAGUCCACGUCAUUUCGCCUGGGAGGAGGGCUGACUUUUCCAUGCAUCGGGGACUUCCUUUCCCUCAGCCAUGCAGGAGUCUCCUGAGCUGGCUGGCUGUCUUCUAAAGUGGGAUCUGCUGCCGCCGUCUCUGCCCAGCGCCUCCGGACCACAGCCCGUCUCUGGCCGCCUCUGUGCCCCCAUGCAGACCACCUUAUAAGGAUUAAAGAGAGAGAGAAGACGUCUUUUUUCCCCUCUGCCCGGCUGUCCCUGGAUCAUGGCUUCGGUGUGGAAGCGGUUGCAGCGCGUGGGAAAACAUGCCUCCAAGUUUCAGUUUGUGGCAUCGUAUCAGGAGCUGAUGGUGGAAUGCACGAAGAAAUGGCAACCUGACAAAUUAGUUGUGGUGUGGACUAGAAGGAGUCGAAGGAAAUCGUCUAAGGCACAUAGCUGGCAGCCCGGUAUAAAGAACCCUUACCGUGGGGUCGUGGUGUGGCCUGUCCCUGAAAAUGUAGAAAUCACUGUGACUCUCUUUAAGGACCCUCAUGCUGAAGAGUUUGAAGACAAAGAAUGGACAUUCGUGAUAGAAAAUGAAUCUCCUUCUGGUCGUCGGAAAGCUCUUGCAACCAGCAACAUCAACAUGAAGCAAUACGCGAGCCCGAUGCCUACCCAAACCGAUGUCAAGCUGAAAUUCAAACCCCUAUCCAAGAAGGUUGUGUCCGCCACUCUGCAGUUCUCCUUAUCUUGCAUUUUCCUCCGAGAGGGCAAAGCUACCGAUGAAGACAUGCAAAGUCUUGCCAGUCUGAUGAGCAUGAAACAAGCGGACAUAGGAAACCUGGAUGAUUUUGAGGAAGACAACGAGGAUGACGAGGAGAAUAGAGUUAACCAGGAAGAAAAGACUGCUAAAAUAACAGAACUAAUUAACAAGUUGAAUUUCCUGGAUGAAGAGGAGCAGGAUUUGGGGAACUCCGGCUCAACCCCCUUCGAAAGUUCUGACACAACCGAUCUCAAUCCAUUUGGAGACCCAGAUGCUGAAGAAACAACCGUCGACAAAUCCCCCUUAAAGGUGGAGGAGCCAUUCGAUGAAGAAAACCCAUUUAAAGACCCCGAGCUCACAACCUACCGAAACCCAUUUGAUGAGCCAGACGCGGGGCCUGACCUGGCUAUCGAAUUUCAUAAAGAAUCCUCUCCACAACCAGCAAAGAGGAAGAACGCCAGACCUGUGGAUAUGACCAAAUACCUCUACGCUAACAAAGCCAGACAGGAAGAGGAUGAGCUCGAUGAGUCAAACCCAUUCUAUGAACCAAAAGAGAGUGCGGAUAUAGUCCGGAGCUGGCCUAUUAAAGAGUCUGAUCAGGAGAAAAAGAUGAAGAGGAAGGCCCCAUCUCCUCCAGCACCCACACCAAAGAAAGAUGAAACUCCACGCACUCCCCUCUCUGUCCCUUCCGCUAAGGAGCUCUCCUCUUCCCCUAAGCCAAGUCCGUUACCAAGUCCAAUCUUAGGUCGACAACCCAAUGCUAGCCAGUCACUGCUCGCUUGGUGCAAAGAAGUAACAAAGUCCUAUAGAGGAGUAAAGAUAACCAACUUCACCACCUCAUGGAGGAACGGGUUGGCGUUUUGUGCAAUAUUAAACUACUUUAGACCGGACUUGAUUGACUACAAGUCCCUCAAUCCCCAAGAUAUUAAAGAAAACAACAAAAAGGCGUAUGAUGGAUUUGCCAGUAUAGGAAUUUCUCGACUCCUGGAGCCAUCUGACAUGGUUUUAUUAGCAAUCCCAGACAAGCUGACUGUCAUGACCUAUCUGUAUCAAAUCCGGGCACAUUUUUGUGGGCAAGAAUUAAAUGUGGUUCAGAUUGAAGAGAACAGUAGUAAAAGCACAUACAAAGUUGGCAAUUAUGAAACAGACACAAAUAGCUCCAUUGACCAGGAGAAGUUUUAUGCUGAACUUAGUGAUUUGAAUAGUGAACCCGUAUCAGAUAGGCAAGAAGCAGCGGUCCCCAUGCCGGAUGUUGUGUCUGGGAGUGACUCUUCCAUAGCUAGUGCCAGCGUGAUCAGGAACCAUGAUUGCAAAUCCCAAGAUGUAAGUAAACAAGCAAACAAUGAAAGUGACUUUCCUACACCUAGGACUAGAAGCCACCUAGAAAUCCAGGGCUCCAGUAGAACGUUUGAACCUGAGGAACCAAGGUUUGAUGGCACAUACACAAGUCCCUCCCAAACACAGCCAACUGCUGCUAAAAGGAAGUUGCUGAAACCAGAUGUUGCCAGAUCUUAGUGAUUUGUCUUUAUCCAGAUACUAGUAAAGAAGUCUCUUCUCCUGGCCACGGUUUCUGGAGAAACUCAUGGACAUGGUUUACCGGAGCAAGUAAAGCAUAGCCCACCAUCCACACUAGAAUGUAAGAAGCUGGAAAGCAGCACCCAAGUAAAAGAUAUGAAUGUUUCAUCUACUGGCCUACUUGGAGACUCCUAUGAAAAAGUUGUUGAUACUUCCCUUAAGGUCCCAUCUAUUCCACAGACUGGGAUCAGCGCCCUUCUGGACGCUGCAAAAACUGCAUCGAACUAUUCUGAUCAAACUGGAAAAACUCCUGAGCAACGAAUGCUAUCCCGUCAAGAGGAACUAAAAGAGCGUGCCCGGCUAUUGCUGGAGCAGGCCAGAAGGGACGCGGCGCUGAAGGCAGGAAACAAGCAGCGACAGAACACUGCGGCCACGACACGAGCCAAGCAGCUAAGUGAUCAGCAAGAUGAAGAGAGACGCCGGCAGCUGAGAGAGCGAGCACGUCAGCUCAUAGCAGAAGCUCGAUCUGGAGUGAAGAUGUCAGAACUUCCCAGUUACAAUGAGGCAUCUGCAGAAAAGUUGAAAGAAAGAGCAAAGACAUCUGGAGCUGGACAAAACGCUAACUCUGUGGACGUCAAGUUGAAGAGACUUCUGGAGUCUCAGCCACAGGUGGCAAGCUCCCUGUCAAAUGCUGCUCAGAAAACAUCACCCGAAGCCUCCGACAGAGACUUCAAGAAUGGUACCGAAGAAUCUGGUGCGGACAGACAGCACAAAUCUUCAGAUCGUUUCAAGAAUCCCGUCGUGAUCAACAAAGAUUUAACAGUCCGGAAAAUAGAACUAGAGUCCUACAGUCAAUGGGUGGAGAUCUGUCCAGAGAUGAAAAGGCAGAGAUCAAUGCAGGAGGACACACGACGCGGGAAUGAAGGAGCCGUGAUAACCGAGACCCAGAAGAAGCCCUCAGAAGAUGAAGUGCUAAAUAAAGGGUUCAAAGACACCAGUCAGUAUGUAGUAGGAGAAUUGGCAGCCCUAGAGAACGAGCAGAAUCAAAUUGACACCCGUGCCGCGCUGGUGGAGAACCGCCUCCGCUAUCUCAUGGACACAGGAAUGUAUACAGAGGAAGAGGAGACAUUGAUGCAGGAAUGGUUCAUGCUUGUGAACAAGAAAAACGCCCUGAUCAGGAGAAUGAACCAGCUUUCACUUCUGGAAAAGGAACAUGACCUAGAGAGACGGUUUGAGCUACUGAACAGAGAGUUACGAGCCAUGCUCGCUAUAGAAGACUGGCAAAAAACCGAAGCCCAGAAGAGACGGGAACAACUUUUACUCGAUGAACUGGUUAUCCUGGUUAAUAAGCGCGAUGCCUUGGUUAGAGACUUGGAUGCCCAGGAGAAGGAGGCUGAGGAAGAGGAGGAACACUUAGAAAGGACUCUAGAGCAAAACAAAGGCAAAAUGACCAAGAAAGAAGAGAAAUGUCUAAUCCAGUGACCAGCACUGUUUGGGAAAGACGCUGCUUGGGCCCAUAAUCUCUUGUGCAUCAUGGUUUCACUGAGUGACUGGAAGCACUAUUAUCAAGACUAAACUGAAACCCGGCAUAGGGGAGGCCCGAGUCAGCGUCACGAGUUCUAAUAUAAUAAUUUCAGUUUCAAAUGUUUGAUUUUUUGGCUCAACUUCUGCAUAAAUGGAGACCGCAAAAGCAUUCUGGCACUGAGAGGGUUAAACGAAUGCCUUUUUGCACCGCUGUCCUGGAGUCGGUAAUAACGCACUGAAGCUGAAUACACAGAGGCGGCCACCUGUUGUAUGGCCCAGGGACUUCUCAAAGCAACUUUUCUUCCAUUAGCAGUCGCCUAGUAAGCCACCACGGAUGGUCGGGGAGGACUUGCUAGAGCAACCGAAUAUUGUUUUAAUUGAGCGACACUGGAGACUGCGUCGUCUCCGUCAAUGUUCUCACCUAGUCCUGCCAUUUUCUAUUGCUAUGUACGCUGCCUACAUUUUAAUUUGAAUGGUAUACACGCCAGGCUGUAUUGACAGGUUUUUAUUUUGAUCAGCUAUUUUACAUAAUAUUCUCCACAAAUUAAAUACUGUGUAUGUUCCGCCAGAGGAUUGACCCGUGUGUCAUAGAUUACCCACAAAGCCCUUCCAUAUUACAUUUGGCUUCAGAACCAGCUGCAGUUUACAUUUCUGUCAGAAGCUUAACCGUUUGUGGGAGAAAACCUAUUUAUUUUAUGCUUUUAACUACGACUGAAACUAUACAUUAUUCGCUUAUGACGCCGUUGCUAUUUAUUUCUGCGAAAAAGGAAAAUAAAUAUGAAUAAAAAAAAUUUAAAAAAACUAUUCAUGUGUCAUGCCACAUUGUACCGGUAUGAUAUAUUAUACUGUGUCCUGUCAGAAUAUACAUCAUGUCACAUUGGUGCAACUGUUUAUUUAUUACUGUCUCAUGCAAUUUUCAAUAAAACCAGAAUAUUUCUUA